CCGCCGCGAACCAUCGUGGGGGUGACGUUGUCGUUUGAGCGAUAUCAAAAUACAACAGCGCCGGUCUCCAAUAAGCCGGUAUUCGCAAAUUAGGAUAACUUUAGAGACUCAUAUUUAAAAAUCAGUGUCGAGUUAAUUGAUGUUUGUGCAAUUUGCAAAACCGAUUAGGUUUUUGUAGUGCAACUGUGUUGAUCUCGCGAUCUGCUGCAUUUCUUUGGUGUUGUGAGCUUGCUGAAGUGUGAAAAGAAUCAGCACAAUGAACGGUCUGAACGGUCACGCGAACGGCGAGGUGAACGGCGCGGGCGACAUCAUCACGCAGAACCAGCAGCGCGGCUGGUGGACCAUCGGGCUCAUCAACUCCAAGUACCGGUACCUCACGGCCGAGACCUUCGGCUUCAAGAUCAACGCCAACGGCACCUCGCUCAAGAAGAAACAGAUCUGGACCCUCGAGCCCGCCAGCGGGAACGCUAAUGACAGUAUGAUCUACCUUCGGUCGCACCUGGACAAGUACCUGGCCGUGGACUCGUUCGGAAACGUGACGUGCGAGGGCGAGGAGAAGGAGCCUGGCAGCAAGUUCCAGAUCAGCGUAUCUGAUGACGGCAGCGGUCGCUGGGCGCUCCGCAACGUGGAGCGAGGCUACUUCCUGGGCUCCAGCUCGGACAAGCUGACCUGCACCGCCAAGGUGCCGGGAGACGCCGAGCUGUGGCACGUGCACCUCGCCGCCAGGCCGCAGGUGAACCUGCGUUCGAUCGGGCGCAAGCGUUUCGCGCACCUGUCGGAGUCGCUGGACGAGAUCCACGUGGACGCCAACGUGCCGUGGGGCGAGGACACGCUGUUCACGCUCGAGUUCCGCGCAGACGAGGGCGGAAAGUACGCGCUGCACACCUGCAACAACAAGUACCUCAGCGCCGGCGGGAAGUUGCUGGAUACCUGUACUUCGGCGUGCCUGUUCAGUGCGGAGUACCACGCAGGCGCACUGGCGCUGCGCGACGCCAGCGGCGCGUACCUCGCGCCCAUCGGCUCCAAGGCCGUGCUCAAGACCAGGUCGACGGCGGUGACGCGGGACGAGUUGUUCUCGCUGGAGGACAGCCUGCCGCAGGCCGCGUUCGUGGCCGCGCUCAACGAGAAAUACGUCUCCGUCAAACAGGGAGUGGACGUGACGGCAAACCAGGACGAGAUCUCGUCACACGAGACGUUCCAGCUGGAGUUCGACUGGGGCACGCGGCGCUGGUACAUCCGCACCAUGCAGGACCGCUACUGGACCCUGGAGUGCGGCGGCGGCAUCCAGGCGAGCGGCGACAACAAGUCAUCAAACGCUCUGUUCGAGCUGGAGUGGCAGGGCGACGGCGCCGUGGCCUUCCGCGCGAACAACGGCAAGUACCUCAUGACGAAGCGCUCCGGACACCUCUACGCCAACGCAGACUCCAUCGACGACAACUGCAAAUACUACUUCUAUCUUAUCAACAGGCCUAUUCUCGUGCUGAAGUGCGAGCAAGGGUUCGUGGGCCCCAAGGGCACGAAGCUGGAGUGCAACAAGGCCAACUACGAGACCAUACAGGUCAUCCGCGGACCCAAGGGCGCAGUCUACUUCAAAGGCUCAAACGGCAAGUACUGGCACGCUGACAGCGAGAGCGUGCUCUGCGACUCGGACACCCCUCAAGGCUUCCACCUGGAGCUGCGCGAGCCCACGCGCCUCGCCAUCCGCGCCGCCGGCAGCCGCGAGUACCUCGCCGCCGCCAAGAACGGCAACUUCCGCCUCGCAGGGGUCGACAUCUCCUCCGCCACGCACUGGGAGUACUAAGCCGCUGCCCGAGAUUCGUUUGAGUGGACCAGCCAAAGAGACAAGAGAUAGUGCUCUGAAUGGGCCUACAACGGCGGUAGUUUCGUAAUCAUCACAUGUUUUACAUCUUUGACGUCACAUCUUAAAUGUUAUAUCACUGGGGCUUCUUAAAUUGUGACGAGUAUAGCGGCCCUGUCAUCGUUAUGUUGUAUAAACACCAGUUUCCGCAGUUCGCUCAAAUGAAUCUCCAGAUCCUACAAACUUGUUCACAAUACUCUUCCAUAGCGUAUCCAAAUGCACGCCUAUUUUGUACUUGCGAACGGCGUGAGACUUAAUUUCUCGAAGAAAUGUGAACAAACACGGGCGAACGCAAUUUCAGUUGACUCCACAUCGCUUCCUUCAGCCGCCAUCUUGUGUCGCCCUCGAUGGCAAAAUGGCGGCAUCCGAACGACCCAAUCAGCUGAUUCCAACGCGAAUCCGCUGCCAAUGGUUACAUAAAUAAUAAUAAAAUCGGAAUGUUAGUCAAUGCGCACGGGCAUUGAGGUCACACAUUUCAGGAAUAAAAAAAUAUUUUCUCUCGGGUGAACUGAAAGGCGGCGCCUCAUUUUGCAUUUAAUAAUAUGGUUAAGGUUAUUUAUCGCGCGGUAUACGCGAAUGUGAUCAUAUGAAAAUAUCGCUUCUCUUAUAUUAUUAUUAUCAUAGAUUAUUUUCUUAUUAUUGGUAGAUCUGCCGUCACUAUAGCUUGUUUUGAAAUUAUAUUUUUUUAUUAUUUUUGUGACCGUCACUCGAAAUGCUUGAAUUAUUUAUUUCUAGGUUUACGAUAACGUUAUCAAUUUGUCGGGGACAUUAUUGGGAGUUUUUGAGAAUAUUUAUUGGAUAUUGUAGUAUCUAGUCGAUGGGUUUUAUACGAUUUUAUCUACCCGUUUUGUAUUCCCAGAUUGUAGGUUAGUGAAGUUGACACCAUGAGACUGAAACCUACUACAAAUCACCAGAUGAAAUUGCAGUAAAAUUGAUAAUUUAAGUUAAAGGUAUUGUCAGUAUACAAGCCGCAGAACGUCCACACCACUCAUGCGCAAUAUCCCCGUGGGUUGCUCAAUAUUUAUACGCCCUACACCGAGUCUGGCUUCUAAGUAACGUAAAGCUAGUUAGGUUAAUGUAAGUAACAUAAUAGAGUAAGCCUGAGAUCGCUUCCAGCGUCCAUCUCUCAUUGCUCUGGACAUUUUUUACAUUUUUACGUGGAAUUUUGUAACUGGUGCGUAAUUUAUCUUGUAUAUAAGCGAAUUUUUCACUGUUUUUGAUCCGUGUAUGAAAUCUCGAUGUACUUACACCAUUCGGAAGCGUAACUUUAAGUUUUUACGAUAAUGAACAAAACCGAAAUGUUUAUUAAGUAUUUGUACUGCAAUAUGCGAUCCUGGAAAUUAAUAUUUGUACGAUAAUGUCUUUGUAAACUAUUAAUGAAUAAAUUAUAAUCAUAUUGUA